AUGACUGACACCUUUGACCAUCCUUUUUUUAUAUGCAUUGGGGAGGCCUUUAUAAGCCAGGCUGAUGAUUCCAACACGGAAGAUCGUGUCCAGGCUAUCUUUGGAAGUCGCGAUGCUGCCGCCAUCUUCAACUUAGCUGAUGGAGUGCUGAGUUCGGGAGGCUGGAUUCUAGGCCGUGACAUGAUAGAAGAUCAAAGCCUCGGAGCUAAGCCCGUAUAUUGGUUCCGCGGGGAAGGGCGCUCUCAGGGGAAUACUGUGGAACGAUUGCGUACGGAGGACGGCUACGUUGUUUUAAGUUCGUCUUCACCUUUGAUUGCAGUCCAGGGUCUAGCUUUUGCUGCUUUGCAUCCGGGGGACGCUAGACUGGCAGAGGCAUUGUUAGCAUAA